UGUACACUGACAGAACUAUCACCAUCUUUCAUCGGAUAAGUUUCAAUUGUCAGCAUACGGAUUUACUAACAGUAUUUCUUAAAACAAACUUGCAAGACUUCACAACAACAACUUCUCAACAAUAUCUACUGAACAUAUAUCUAUCAUGGAACUCACUAUAACGCUUUUGAACGGGAACUCACUUCCCCUGACAGUUCCGCCACACACCACCGUGGGGUCUCUCAAGAGUUUGAUUCAACAACACUUUGAAGUGGCCACAACAAAGCAGAGGCUGUUAGGCGUCAAUGGGAACAACAUCAGUCUCAGCGAUGAUUCAAAAACUUUGAGCGACUAUGGCCUGCAUUCAGGAUCUAAAGUGAUGGUGCUGAUUACGGAGCCCGCUCCUAUCCAGGUGUUCCUGAAAAACGAAAAGGGCCAGACACACACAUAUGAUGUGGUGCCUGGUGAGACUGUAACCCAGUUCAAAGCCAAGGUACAAAACAAGGAGGCAGUCCCUGCCAACCAACAGAGGCUGAUUCAUGAGGGUAGGCAGCUCGAGGAUGGCCAGAGGCUGGAGAACUACAACAUCAGAAAUCAAAGCACCAUCUAUCUGACGCUCCGUCUAAGGGGAGGCUGAAGAAACCCAGUAUCGACCUGAAACCACCUGUCACAUGAAGCCCUUAACUUAUUAUGCAUUCCAUGUCUAUAGAGAAAAAGCAAUCAAUCUUGAACAAAAAUGUGAAUUGUCCUACAUUUGUAAUCAAUUGUAAACUUUAAAUUAAGCAUGGCUGAUAUAGGCGUAUAUUAAUGAGAUUGUUAUCAAGUAAUAAACACGUAUAAAACUAAAACUGUCAACCAUCAUUGUCAUGGCUCCAACUCAAAAGAAAAGACAAAGCAACAUGAGGUACUGGUCAGUUUCUUGUCCGUUGUGCUAUUGCUCUCUUAUUUGACAUGAUAGAGACAGAGCAGUAACAUUUACAGUUGAGUUGACUCAAACUGAGACAAGGCAGUCCACAUGAGGAAACUACAGGCCGGCCUUGUCAGCAAUAUACGCAAUGUUUCAUGGUCUGAUGAAAAUCCUAAACGUUGCACGUUCAGAUGGUUUUAAAUUAGUUUGAUUCAAGGCCGAAACAGUUACUAUUAUUCAUUUCCUACAGCACUUUUGCUUUGCUUCAUCUUAAACUAAACAAAUAUAAAUGUGUAUCUAUGAAGAAUAGGUAACAUGUAUUUACCAUUGCUCAAACCAAAAUACACCUUGGCACAAAGGAAGCAUACUCAAGUGUUUCAAUUCAUUAAAUAUUUUAAAUAUCA